AUGAUGAGCGACAGCAGCAUUCCCGUAAUGAACAAGCCAGCCGACGUAAUGUCUGCUGGUGUCAAUUCCAACAACUUGCAAACUACUGCCAGACAACGCCAUCCAGUGGACCAAUUACAGCGUCAACAAGCCUACCAAAAGGCUACCUUUUUUGGCACCACCGAAGAGGAAGAAGUCCGAAGAAUCUACGGCGCUGGAAUGGCCAUGCAACUUGCGACUGAGAGACGCAUGGCAUUGGAAAUGGGAGGACGUGGUGUUGCUGGACUUCCCUCGAGCAAUAUGAUGUUUGAAAUUUUGUCUGGAAACGACAUGAAGCUGGGAUUUGAAGACACUUUGAACCUUCCAGAUUACCGACCCAUUUUCUCCAAGUCUCAAGAAGAUCCACAUGCGGCUAUGGAACGCAAGUUGGGCAUGUAA